AUGGCAUCUAGCGAGGCCCACUCGACACCAUUCUCUCCCAAACUUUCACAUUACCAGUGCAAUGAAGUAGAAUUUCUACGUCUGCAACGCGACAUAGUCUGUUCGAUUGCUCUCACAUUCGAUUCUAAAGGGAUUACAAAAGUUAGUAGGAGCAGUUUCAUUCAUGGUGUCCAUGGACGAGAGGAGAAAGAUUCUUCUAGAUUUCUGCCAAGGCCAACUGAUGUUAUGGAGAUGAUUAUACUAGUUACUAAUAACUGUUUCAAGUGCAGUUUCAACGGUCGCCACACAUUCGAUUUCAUCCAUCGCUGUCCAUUAUCGUCUGUCCAUGCCUUCAAGGUCAAAGGUCACGUAGAUGUUAUGAAGAUCUUUUUCCAGGAUCCUCAUUCUAUGCCAAGAAGAUUGUCGGCGCCAAGCAACAACACAAAUCAAUCAGUCCAAUUUGACAGCAACAGACCUACCACCAACACCACCAACGGCAUCCAUCCAUCACAAGAACAACAACGUCUGCAACAACAACAACAUCAGCAACAACAACAACAUCAGCAACAGCAACUGGCAACCGAUGCAACAAAAUCUCUUGGCGCAACCUCCUCUUACCCACCGUCAACAUCGUCCGGCUUUUGUUCAGUUAUUUUCCCGCCAUUUGCAUCUUCGUCUUCUUUAUCAUUGUCAUCAUUAUCAUCAGCAUUACCACCAACAUCACCAUCAGCAGCUGCAGCGUCAUGGUUAUCGUCAUCAUCAUCUUCUUUAUUCAAGCAGUCCUUUAUAACUUCUCCUGCCAUUGCUAAGAAGGCCAAAGUUUUUUCAUUUCCUAAUGGUUUGCACCAUUCCCAAGUUAUUACCAUAUACGCUGCUCUGCAUGCAAGCUGCCAGUGGUUCAAAAUAUGCAUCUCACUGUCAGAACACCUCGACGAUCAUAGCCUCAUUUUUUACGUUAACGUUCCUGAAAAGGUUGUACUCAGAAGUAGCUGCAAGAGAGGCGACCUUGGUACCUCUGAAGUCGAAAUUCCUGGGUUUUUCCCAUUUUUGCCUAAUUCGUAUGUCUGCAUUUAUAUCCAGUGCCUGGACGACUGCUUCAAUGUGGCAGUCGACAACCGCCAUUUUGUCGAGUUUAAGCGGAGGGAUUUUUACUUGUCAGAGUGCAAAUGUUUGCUCAUCAAGGGUGAUCUCAUCGUAUCGCAUGUUAUAUAA